AUGGAUGUGUACUUGGAAGGCGGCGCCCACCUCCGACGCCCGAUGAGAAAUUUCCUGCGCAGGGCCGUCGGCAACGAUAUCAACAUCGACGUGGACGCUUGUCGCAGCAGGGACAGAGCGAUUGCGCGUUUCGGCAGAGUAUCGUCUCCAGAUUCCCUGCUUUUGAUCGAUUCAGAAGGUGACGACCUGCAUGAGUUACGGCAAACCGUGGCUUCCCGCGCCCGCUUGCCAGGCGUUUUGGACCGGACAUUUUUCAUGGUCCAACUGAUGGAAGCGUGGUUUUUGGCAGACCGUGAGACUCUGCAAGCGUACUACGGGCCAAGAUUCAACCCCCGAAUCCUGCCCAACAAUCCCCAACCGGAGGUCGUGCUCAAGGGCGACGUGAUAAAUCGCUUGAGCGAAGCAACCCGUGGCACACCCAAACGCAUUUAUCAUAAGACGGCCCACGCCCCUGCCCUGCUGAACUUACUCAACCCCACCGCCGUCUACAACACCUGCCCCAAUUUCCGCAGCCUCGUCGACUUCCUUCGCAACUGA